AUGUCAUUCCGGUUCCCAUCCGCUGACGUCAUCUCCAAACCAGCCAGCCGAUCACCGCCAACCCGUCAAUCCCGAUCGAUCAUCAUCACCGUCAUGUCCAACUUCAACACUCUCCGCCAUCCCCCAAGCACCCAGUUCUCGCUCCCGACUGGCCCUCAGCCUCAAGCUUACCCCGACAACAGCCACCGCCGCGCAAGUGAUCAUAACCACAGCAAGAGCGCCCAUCACACACCUCUGAUCCUAGCCAAACCAUCACCGCCUUCAUCCGCACUCUCCUCAUCCUCAUCCACUGAAAAUACUGCGCUGACUAAGAUCAUCACCAAGCCAGCCACUGCUGCCACAACAGAAGCACAAUCAUCAGCCCCUCAAUGGAAUCAAUCCUCUAGCUCAUCCACCCAUCUCAACCGCAGCAAUAUCCCUUCUCCGCUCAUCAUUCAGACAACCAACAAGCCAAUCGAUGAAGACUCUAGUUUCCAUCAUCCUCUGCACUCCUCAAUCUCACCACUCUCAGCUCCUCUCAUCCACCCAGAUACCCAUCAUCCUACCAACCAGCUCAAUCAUCUCCAAUCUGAAAACAUUCAUCUCCAAUUCACUCCCUCUUCUGGAUUUCAAAAAGAUAACAAGGCUCUGAAGGAUAUCAAGCGAAGGACGACAAAAGCUUGUGAUAACUGUCGCAAAUCUAAAUGCAAGUGCACUCGGGCACCCGAUGCUAACGGGAUCGUCCCGACAACUGGUCCCUGUCAGAAUUGCGUGACAAACGCUGUCGAGUGUACAUUCAAUGGUACUUCUCGUAAAAGAGGUCCACCAAAAGGUUACAUUGAAGCUAUCGAAUCCAGGCUCCAUCGGAUGGAAGCACUACUGGGCGGGUUAUUAGAAAAUGAUGAUCCCCGGGCGCAAGCGCUGUUCUCGGAAUUGAUCGGUGACAAUGAAGUCAGAGAUUUGCUGACGAGCGACCUCAGAAUAGCCGCUCAACAAGGUACCGAAGGCAAGCCAAGAAAAUCUUGGAAGCCGCCCGACCCAACAAUUGCCAGCCGCUCAGCUUCCGAUCGCAGGAGCCAACUGAACCUAACGGAUACCCAAAAGGUCCUUUGGGGUGUGAGCCACCCAAAUCAAAUUUCUGGCCCUAAGGAUCAUCCCCUUCAAGAACCACGUCAGCCCAACGGCCAAGGCACCGAUGCGGAUGAUGAAUCGGAAUGCGAAGACAGCCAACUUGAUCCCUCUCCUCCUCCCCCGCCUGCUGACGAUCAAAUAAAUCUUCAACACAGAAACCGCCGGCGUAGAAUAGAGUCAAACUUGUCUUCAAUCCACCGCUCAAAAUCCCAAGUCGCUGCAUUCAAUCAGUCUUCUUCAACCUCUACCAUUCCACAUACCGGCACAGCCACAUUCACUCUCAGUCGCUCGGAGUUAUUAAAUGCAGGCACUCAUAAUUCUCAAAUUACGUUUGAAUGUAACAAAUCUCUACGGCCCAUCAAGUCAGAACUUCCAUCAGCUGAACAACACUCUCCAGCCACCAUCAGUGAGCUAGCCGAUGUGGUGGGUCAACUCAGUCUCGAUGAAAAUGACGAAGUCAGAUAUCACGGUCGAUCCUCGGGUCUUUACCUGAUUUCAGCUUCACAAAGAUACAAAGACUUUUUCUGGCAUUUUCCUAAACCUGGCUUUUGGCCUGUCGCACCUAUCCGCCGAUCACCAACGACUUCGUACAUUCUCGAGUUAGUCAAUCCUCUAGAGCUACUGCCGAGUCAAGAGACCAUGUGUCAUCUGUUGGAUCUCUAUUGGGAAUUCGUUCAUCCGAUGAUGCCAAUCCUCUAUAAGCCAGAGUUCAUGACUCAAUUUCGAACCUUGAUGGCCAACUUAGACAUUGUGAAACGUGCACGACCUCAUUGGAGCUUGAAUCAAAUUUGGUGCCAUGCCAUGUGUCGCAAUACUUCAUCGAACGAUGAAAUUCCCGGUGACCAUGACGAACAGCAAUCACCAAACUCGUCUCAUCAGCAAGAUCAACAAACCGAACCCCCGGUGAACGGACUUACCAACCGAAUCUCAGUUUUGCUUUUGCUCGUCAUGUUUUCCAUCUCAUCUCGAUACUCGGAUCGUUCUUCAAACGCACCCAUUGAAGGCCAAUACUGGAAUGCUGGUGACAAUUAUCUGGAGAAAGCCAAGCAAAUGUUAAACUUGGACUAUGGCAACUCCAAGCUGACCAACUGUCAAUCAUUAAUUCUGAUGGCGUACCGAGAAAUCGGCGCUGGCGCGAUGGCUGAAAGCUGGCUAUAUACUGGAAUGGCUAUUAGAAUGGCCCAAGAUAUGGGACUAUUUCGAGAUGUUGACAAAUGGUUUAUGCCGGUUAAGAAAUUCACUUACGAAGAUAAACAGAUCAGGAAAAGAGUUUGGUGGGCGUGUGUGAACAUGGAUAAGUAUGUUAGCACCUACAUCGGGCGUCCCAUGAUGAUUUUUGAGCGCGAUUAUGAUACCGCGUUUCCUUCGGCCGAUGAGCCGGACGAACAUGAGCUUUGGAAGGGAUGCAGACCCAAAAGAAGCGAAAAGGAUCGGCCACUUGCCAAACCAGAUUCUCCAAACGCAGUCCAAGAUCAUAAAUUGAAUGAGCUUACGGAAAUCAAGAUGGCAGAUCCUAUCACAGCUGAAGAGAAUUCUUCUAAAUCUGACUGUCCCAACAGAGAUCCAAACAAAACAGUCGAACAAAAGAGCCAUACCAUCUCCUGCUUCAAUCGAGCAGCUUCUCUUUCGGUUCUUAUCAGUCGGAUCGUUGCUAACAUCUAUGCAAUCAGAAUUCGAGUGAUUGGACAGUCGUGUGAAACUUUGCUGUCUCUCCUGGACCAAAAUCUUGCCCGCUGGUACCUCGACCUACCCGAACACUUACAUUACAAACCUCAAUCAAUUCCCAGCCGGCCGAGUAGAUCAGCUGGCCAGAGCCAAGAGCCCGAAAAGCGGGCUCCUACUCCACAUCUUCUUACGCUUCAUGCCCAAUUCUAUACAGGCUUGAUACUACUUCAUCGACCUUUCAUACCGGCGUCACGCUCUCAAGACAACCCAGACAACCCUUCAACCGAUGUCCCACCCCCGCAUCCGUCCCAUAGUAUUUGUACCACUGCUGCAAACGCAAUUACGAACAUUGCCCAGGCGUAUCACGAGGCUUUUGGCUUAAGGCACGCACCGGCUUUCUUAGUCUACUACGUUUUCACAGCUGCGAUAUUACAUGUUAACAACGCGAGGUUGGAAGCCGGCUUCGCUCUAACGGCGAAGAGUAACCUGUUGAAAUGCAUGAAUAGCUUGAAAGAAAUGGCACCCACAUGGACCGGGGCGGUAAGAGCAUGGGAGCUCCUCUCAGGCCUCGUGGAUUUGCGAGAUGUCGAUAUUCCAGAACAUGCGCAGCAAUCAAGUAUUCCCAAUCCAUCGGCGCUUGACGGUGGGCAACUCAAGAAAGCUGAUCCAGCAGAUCGAGGACUAAAGAGACCAGCCUCUUCGAGCGAUCUCGAUUCUCAUUCGCUAUAUUCCGGUGCUGAUCAGAAGGGCUUUCAUGCGUUCUCAAGUAAACCAAUCCCUGGUAACCAAAACUUGCCCUCCACUCCUGCCAGUACGGAUCAACAGAACCCUCGGUGGGGGCUUGGCAAGUCAAUUAACCUCUUCAAACCUGAUUGCCCUCGUGAUGUGACGAACCCGGCGCGAUCAAUUUCUACCCCGGAUUGGUGUACGAUGGAUACGGCUCACUCGAAGAUGGGCGACAAUGCUAGAAACGCAUCAGGCCGCGAACAAGCUCUUAAUGCAGCAUCGCAUGGACUGGGAAUGGGAAUUUAUCCAGAUGAUAACUCUCAUUGUGAAACAGGAUCAUCCGCAUUCUCAGUACUCUCCGGCAAUCCAGUCGUGCUCUCUCCGACGGCAGGAAACAGUAAUGUGAUGGAUAACAGGGCCGGUCGUGAUUUCUUGCCCAGUGAAGCAGAUAGACAGUGUUUACGUGGGCCACCAGCUCUGCCUAGUACAGCCAUGGAAGAAAUGAUCGGGUUUUGGAGUUCGAAUCGUAACUUACACGAGCACUAUCCUCCAACCCCUGGUCACCAGACAUUACAGCAGCAACAGCCGCCAUGUCAAUCGAAUGCCAAUCAAGCAUUAAGCCCACUUUUAUUCGACUUGACUAGCUUCUCCUCCAGCCCAACCGGCAAUCCGCCUUACGAAUCACUCAACCAGCGCCAAUGUCCGACUACAACGAUUCAAGGUAUCUUUGGAUUGGGUGACUCGAGCCUGGAUAAUCUAAGAGGGAUGAGCGGUCAGGCGGUCGCGAAAGUACAAGAUCAUAACAUGGUUUAUGAAAGCCGAGAAGAACACGGAAGAACGGGUGUCGAAGGACACGCCCAACGUCAAGGACUCGGCGUAGGCUUAUUAUCCGCUGGACAAGCGAUCGAAGACGGGUCGUUUUCCGAUCUGGGUUUGAAUUGGUUUUCUUCGCCCGUAGAGACGAUCGGCGGAUUCAGAAUGGAUCCCCGUUCUCGGUCUGCUUUGAAUGCCCAUUCUCAGUCUCAUGAUUCUCAUCCCCCUGCUUACCAGCAACAUCAUACCUCUCUAGAUGGCACCACCCAUGGUGAACCAGCAUAUAAUAGUUCCAUCCAUUUUUAG